GCGCUGUCCCUUUGCGCUCACCGUACAAUGUGUUUGUUCAAUCCAAGAUGGCUGCGCUCAGGGGCAGAGUGGUCACAGAAUGUCUUACAACAUGUAUGUUUCGACAAACAAGCAUAUCGAGCCUUUCCACUCUUCCUAUUGUUAUGACAGGGAAUAAGUGGUUUGUACAGAGAUCACAUCUUCACACUGGCAGAGGAAGUAGGAGUCCUUUAGUUAGGGCACUUCUUGGGUGUCCCAAUCAUGGCCAGUUCCUGCUGGUCAGUGCUGUGGCAGUCAGACACAACAGCUCACAGACGACAGAAGCAGUUCAGAGCGUGUCGACUUUAAGUGAAACGGCAGAGGCUGCUGUAUCUAUCCCAGUGUCCAUUCCAAGUCCUGCUGCUGACCUCGCCCCCGCAGUCACACCACCAAUCACAGAGCAAGUGGCCGAGGCUCCUCUCACUGCAUUGGAUGUUCUGCAGGGGGUUGGAGCUGAAGCCAGCCUAUCAGAGCUCGGCCUGUGCAGUUACACACCUGUGGGUCUGAUCCAGAAUCUGCUUGAGUUUAUGCAUGUUGGCAUUGGGCUGCCAUGGUGGGGGGCCAUUGUUGCAGGCACCAUUGUUGCUCGCUGUGCUGUGUUCCCGGUCAUUGUAAAGGGACAGAGAGAAGCAGCCAAACUGAACAACGUCCUGCCGGAAAUGACAAAACUCACCAACCGCAUGAAUGAAGCCAAGCAGAGCGGUAACAAAUUUGAAUUUUCAAAGGCAUAUACUGACUUGAUGAUGUUUCAGAAGAAACAUGAUGUGAACCCUUUGCGUGGGUUCCUAGUGCCCUUGGUACAGGCUCCAAUCUUCGUCUCUUUCUUCAUUGCCUUGCGUAAGAUGGCUGAUCUCCCUGUACCAAGUUUGCAGACUGGCGGCCUCUGGUGGUUCACAGAUCUAACCGCAUGUGAUCCAUUUUACAUUCUCCCCAUUGCCGUGACUGGCACUAUGUUUGCCAUCUUAGAGUUGGGAGCUGAAUCUGGUGUAGACAACCCCAAUCUGAGGGCCAUGAAGACCGUCUUCAGGAUCAUGCCCUUUGUUAUCCUGCCUCUAACGAUUAAUUUCCCCACGGCGGUGUUUACCUACUGGAUGACCUCUAACCUCUUCUCACUGGGUCAGGUGGCCCUGCUGAGGCACCCGGCAGUGAGACAGAAGUUCCGCAUCCCAGAACGCAUCGCACACCCACCUUCAGAACUACCUAAGAACGAAGGCUUCAUAGAAAGUGUCAAGAAAGGAUGGAAGAAUGCCCAGUUGGCUCAGCAGCUAGAGGAGAGAGAAAGGAGAAUUAAAGGACACCUGGAUAUGGCAGCCAAAGGUCCCCUGAGGCAGACUUUUACCCAUAACCCCCUUCAGCAAUCGGCGGCACCAAUGUCAACAGGAAAAUCGAGUAGUCCAAAGCAAGACAAGAAGAGGCCCUGGGAAGAGACGAUUGGCUAACACCUUGAUGGAGAAUUGUGUGAUUGCUUUGUACAUAUAUGUAUUGAGAAGGACUAAGGGAUGGGUGGUAAUAUUUAGACUAAAUACAACAUUUGAUGAAAAGGUGUUGUGCUGUCUUCUUGCCAUUAAAGAGUAAUCUUUAACUGUU